AUGGAGAAGGAGACCAUCACCCAGGUGGGCUCUAAGCAGCGCUCGAGUGACGAUAACAGCUGCGCCGAGAAGGGUAAUUUUGAGCAGGUUGACCUGCAUAACAAUGUAUCCGCCAAGAUCAAGAAUCCGUUGGCUGAUUUGACCAAGUCUCGGGUGCUUCGCGAUGUGGAAGACUUCGCUCGGGAAUACAACGUGACCGAUAUUCUCCCUGAGUUGAAGAAGGGAGCUCUAGUUGCCAGGGACCCAAAGAACUUUGAGACAGUGGCAGACUUGACUGAGUCUGAGAUCACUGCACUGCGCAACGAGGUGCUGCAUAAGUGGCGCCAGCCCAAGGCCCUGUAUUUCACCAUCAUUCUAUGCUCUAUCGGUGCAGCCGUGCAAGGAUGGGACCAGACCGGCUCUAAUGGUGCUAACCUGUCUUUCCCCGAUGCUUUUGGUAUUUCAGAAGACCCCGCGAAGAGCCCCCAUGCCGAUCGAAACUUGUGGCUUGUUGGCGUCGUCAAUGCUGCCCCCUACAUCGCCAGUGCGCUCCUUGGUUGCUGGCUUUCAGACCCCUGCAAUCGCUUCCUGGGCCGUCGCGGUACAAUCUUCAUCUCUGCUAUCUUUUGCGUGCUUACACCUAUUGGAUCUGCAGUCGCUCAGAAUUGGGAACAGCUGUUUAUCAUCCGUCUCCUUCUGGGCAUUGGAAUGGGGCUGAAGGCCUCCACCAUCCCGAUCUUUUGUGCGGAGAAUACUCCUGCUGUUAUCCGUGGUGGCUUGGUUAUGUCCUGGCAGCUUUGGACCGCUUUUGGCAUUUUCCUCGGCUUCAGCGCCAACCUUGCCGUCAAGGAUACUGGUAGUAUUUCCUGGCGUCUACAGCUGGGAUCUGCCUUUAUUCCUGCCGUUCCUCUCGUCUUUGGUGUCUAUUUCUGCCCCGAGUCUCCUCGUUGGUACAUCCGACGGGGCGAGAUGAACAAAGCUUACCGAUCUCUCUGUCGCCUCCGCAACACGCCCUUGCAGGCUGCUCGAGAUCUUUACUACAUCCAUGCCCAGAUCAAGAUCGAGAUGGGUCUGAUCGGUCAGAGCAACUAUGUCACCCGCUUUAUUGAGCUUUUCACUAUUCCUCGGGUUCGCCGUGCGACUCUUGCUUCGUUCGUCGUCAUGAUCGCUCAGCAGAUGUGCGGCAUCAACAUCGUUGCGUUCUACUCAUCCACUGUCUUCAAAAAUGCCGGUGCAGAUGACACGCAGGCUCUAUUUGCUUCUUGGGGCUUCGGCUUGGUCAAUUUUCUGUUCGCCUUCCCUGCUAUCUGGACUAUCGAUACAUACGGCCGCCGGACUUUGCUGUUGUUUACUUUCCCGCAGAUGGCAUGGACUUUGCUUGGCGCAGCAUUCUGUUUCUGGACUCCAGAGGGCACAGGUCAUCUAGCUUCAAUCGCCUUGUUCGUCUUCCUCUUUGCCGCAUUCUACUCGCCCGGCGAAGGACCCGUUCCUUUUGCGUAUUCGGCAGAGGUAUUCCCUCUCUCCCAUCGUGAGGUCGGAAUGUCUUGGGCUGUGGCAACCUGCCUAGGAUGGGCUGCUGUACUCUCAAUCACCUUCCCUAAGAUGUUGAGCGCAAUGACACCCACUGGAGCAUUUGGCUUCUAUGCUGGUUUGAACGUGUGUGCCCUAGUUAUGAUUUUCCUCUGGGUUCCCGAAACUAAGCAGCGCACCCUUGAAGAACUGGACUACAUAUUUGCAGUCCCUACCCGAGUUCAUAUGAGGUACCAGAUCACAAAGGCCCUUCCGUACUGGUUUAAGCGGUAUGUUUUCCGCAGGAACGUGAAGUUGGAGUCUCUGUACAAGUUUGACGAUCUCGCGAGUGGCAAUGAGGGUGUUACCGUGUCACGGGAGCAGAGUGCCGUCUCCGAACACGUCAAGGCAUAG